AUGUUCACGCGCACGGCGACUGACCACGGAUACUGGCGUGAUCACCGCGAUCCUGCCAAGAACGUACAGGACACCGACUCCUUUGGCGACAACCCGCUCUCGAGGGGCCCGUACCACCUCGCCAAGGGGUAUGAGCUCCUGUCUCGCUGGAGCGGCGGGGCUUGGAAGCACGGCGACCUGCUGGGCAUAGGCGGCGCGGACGAUGCUGCCAAGAAGAAAACGGCAACGUAUGCGGCGCCCAGAGACUGGCACAAGAUACAAGACCCCCGCGUGGCCACAUCGACUGGUCACAUCAUGAAGAGGGGCCGGCCCCGAGCUGUUGCGCCCGGCUGGGGCGGCUACGACGAGUUUACGGCCUGGCAGGCGAGCGGUCGCCACGUGCAACCCUGGAUGCCAGAGAGGCCGGUGCGGGUCGUGACGGACGUCGCCGUGAGCAUUCCGUUUGUGGAUGACGAGGGACAGGAUGGUCCCAGGGUGGGCAACGUUGUCCCGCCGGCAUAUCUACCGCAGCAGAAGAACCCGCCGAUGUCUUUGUAUGCGGUGAUGCACCAGCGGAGACAGGUCAAUCAGCGGAAAUGGUUACAUUCGAGGGAGCAGAGCUGGCUGUGA